CAAUACCCCACUGGUUAAGCCUUUUAUUAUUUGUUGUUUUUCGUUUGUCUUAUCCUCCGGAAUGACUGGACAGGCCUAGUCGUGUGUCUUUAACCACCUCCCGGUAGCUCGCGCAUUUCCGGCUUUCUUGAACUGAGCCCCGCCCACACUCCACACGACUAACAACCCUUGGUCGGGUUUGCCCUCACAGUUGCUUUUCCCUCAUAGGAGGCGACCUCUUUAGUGCCUGGUAUUAGCGUCGGCCCCGGGAUUUGGAAGGAAGUAAUAACGAAGACUCCAAGCCCAGAACAGCUAAAAGAGGACGGAAAGUGAAACUCUAGCGGCUGGGGGAGCCAGAGAACGUGACUCAGAUUGACUUGCCACCGAGAGUCAGUCGGAGCUUAGCGAAAGCCCCAGCUCUAGCACGAGAAGAGUGUGUGGGAAGAAUGAAAGCCUGAAGUAUUUGCAGUUGGAGUUUCAAGGGUUAUGAAAUGGUUUCUGCAGAAUAGUUUGUCUUUGAAUUGGAGAUUUUUAGGACUGGCAUAUGCUGGUACUUCAUCUCCUAUAAGUGGACUAUAAUUUCUUAGGACAACUACAUAAACAGACAAAAUAGCAAAGAUCUAUUCUUUGAUGAGUAUGACAGCCACAACUCGUGGCUCUCCAGUGGGAGGGAAUGACAGCCAGGUCCAGGCUCCUGAUGGACAGUCUCAGCCUCCUUUCCAACAGAACCAGAUUUCAUCACCUGAUUAUUCCAAUGAGAAUUCCCCAGCAACUCCUCCAGAUGAACAAGGUCAAGGUGAUGCUCCCCCACAGCAUGAAGAGGAGGAACCUGCAUUUCCACACACUGACUUAGCAAAGUUGGAUGACAUGAUCAACAGGCCUCGAUGGGUGGUUCCUGUUUUGCCUAAAGGGGAAUUAGAAGUGCUUUUAGAAGCUGCUAUUGAGCUUAGUAAAAAAGGGCUUGAUGUUAAAAGUGAAGCAUGUCAGCGUUUCUUUCGAGAUGGGCUAACAAUAUCGUUCACUAAAAUCCUUAUGGAUGAGGCAGUGAGUGGAUGGAAGUUUGAAAUUCAUAGAUGUAUUAUUAACAAUACCCAUCGCCUUGUGGAGCUCUGUGUGGCCAAGUUGUCCCAAGACUGGUUUCCACUUCUAGAACUUCUUGCCCUGGCUUUAAAUCCUCAUUGCAAAUUUCAUAUCUACAAUGGUACACUUCCAUGUGAAUCAGUUUCCUCAAGUGUUCAGUUGCCUGAAGAUGAACUCUUUGCCCAUUCUCCAGAUCCACGAUCACCAAAAGGUUGGCUAGUGGAUCUCAUUAAUAAAUUUGGCACAAUAAAUGGGUUCCAGAUAUUGCAUGAUCGUUUUAUUAAUGGAUCUGCAUUAAACAUUCAAAUAAUUGCAGCUCUUAUUAAACCAUUUGGGCAAUGUUAUGAGUUUCUUAGUCAACCUACAUUGAAAAAAUACUUCAUUCCAAUUAUAGAAAUAGUUCCCCAGUUAUUAGAAAAUUUAACUGAUGAAGAACUGAAAAAAGAAGCAAAGAAUGAAGCAAAAAAUGAUGCCCUUUCGAUGAUUAUUAAGUCUCUGAAGAAUUUAGCUUCAAGAAUCCCAGGACAAGAAGAAACUGUAAAACAUUUAGAAAUUUUUAGAUUAAAAAUGAUACUUAGAUUAUUACAAAUUUCUUCUUUUAAUGGAAAAAUGAAUGCACUGAAUGAAAUUAAUAAGGUGAUAUCAAGUGUAUCAUAUUACACACAUCGACAUGGUAAUUCUGAAGAGGAAGAGUGGUUGACAGCUGAUCGAAUGGCAGAAUGGAUACAGCAAAACAAUAUCCUAUCCAUAGUCUUACGAGAUAGUCUUCAUCAACCACAGUAUGUAGAAAAGCUAGAGAAGAUUCUUCGUUUUGUGAUUAAAGAAAAAGCUCUUACAUUACAGGAUCUUGAUAAUAUCUGGGCAGCACAGGCAGGAAAACAUGAAGCCAUUGUGAAGAAUGUACAUGAUCUACUAGCAAAGUUGGCUUGGGAUUUUUCGCCUGAACAGCUUGAUCAUCUUUUUGAUUGCUUUAAGGCAAGUUGGACAAAUGCAAGUAAAAAGCAACGUGAAAAGCUACUUGAGCUAAUACGCCGUCUUGCAGAAGAUGAUAAAGAUGGUGUGAUGGCUCACAAAGUUUUGAAUCUUCUUUGGAAUCUGGCUCAUAGUGAUGAUGUACCUGUAGAUAUCAUGGACCUAGCUCUCAGUGCCCACAUAAAAAUACUAGAUUAUAGUUGUUCCCAGGAUCGAGACACACAAAAGAUUCAAUGGAUAGAUCGAUUUAUAGAAGAACUCCGCACAAAUGACAAGUGGGUAAUUCCUGCCCUGAAACAAAUAAGAGAGAUUUGCAGUCUGUUUGGUGAAGCUCCUCAAAAUUUGAGUUCUUCUCAUUUCAGUCAAACUCAGCGAAGUCCUCAUGUUUUUUAUCGUCAUGAUUUAAUCAGCCAACUUCAGCACAAUCAUGCCUUAGUUACUUUAGUAGCAGAGAAUCUUGCAGCUUACAUGAAGCACAUAGAACUAUAUGCUAGAGACCAUGAAAACUAUGACCCACAAACUGUGAGACUUGGCAGUAGAUACAGUCAUGUUCAAGAAGUCCAAGAACGGCUUAACUUCCUUAGAUUUUUAUUAAAGGAUGGCCAGCUGUGGCUCUGUGCUCCCCAGACAAAGCAAAUAUGGAAGUGCUUAGCACAGAAUGCAGUUUAUCUUAGUGAUCGUGAAGCCUGUUUUAAGUGGUAUUCCAUGUUAAUGGGGGAUGAACCAGACCUAGAUCCUGAUAUUAAUAAGGACUUUUUUGAAAGCAAUAUACUUCAGCUUGACCCUUCUCUAUUAACGAAAAAUGGAAUAAAGUGUUUUGAAAGAUUCUUCAAAGCAGUUAAUUGUCGAGAAGGGAAACUAGUAGCAAAAAGAAGAACCUAUAUGAUGGAUGACUUAGAAUUAAUAGGAUUGGACUACCUUUGGAGGGUUGUAAUUCAGAGUAAUGAUGACAUUGCCAACAGAGCUAUAGGUCUUCUUAAAGAGAUAUACACAAACCUUGGCCCCAGAUUACAGGUCAAUCAGGUGGUUAUACAUGAAGACUUCAUUCAAUCUUGUUUUGAUCGAUUGAAAGCCUCAUAUGAUACAUUAUGUGUUUUGGAUGGUGACAAAAACAGUAUUAAUUGUACAAGACAGGAAGCCAUCCGAAUGGUUCGAGUAUUAACUGUUCUAAGGGAAUACAUAAAUGAAUGUGACAGCGAUUAUCAUGGGGAAAGAAUGAUUCUGCCUAUGUCAAGAGCAUUUCGUGGUAAACAUCUCUCUCUCAUAGUUCGAUUUCCAAACCAAGGCAGACAAGUUGAUGAUUUGGAUAUACUGUCUCAUACAAAUGAUACAGUUGGUUCAGUACGUCGAUGUAUUCUCAAUCGUAUUAAGGCCAAUGUAGCCCAUACAAAAAUUGAACUCUUUGUAGGUGGUGAGCUAAUAGAUUCUGAAGAUGACAGAAAGCUAAUUGGACAAUUAAACUUAAAAGAUAAAUCACUAAUUACAGCCAAACUUACACAAAUAAACUCGAACCUACCAUCAAGUCCUGAUAGCUCUUCUGAUUCUUCAACUGGAUCCCCUGGAAAUCAUUGUAAUCACUACAGUAAUAGUCCCAAUCCAGAAGUAGAAAAUUGUUUGCCUGGGGUGAUAAUGUCACUGCAUCCCAGAUACAUAUCUUUUCUUUGGCAAGUUGCAGACUUAGGUUGCAGCCUGAAUAUGCCUCUUCUUAGAGAUGGUGCAAGAGUACUUAUGAAACUGAUGCCACCAGAUAGCACAACUAUAGAAAAAUUAAGAGCUGUUUGUUUGAACUGUGCAAAUCUUGGAGAAAGCAACAUUGGUCCAUCUCUUGACUCCCUUUUCUUUGGUCCUUCUGCCUCCCAAGUUCUAUACCUAACAGAGGUAGUUUAUGCCUUGUUAAUGCCUGCUGGUGCGCCUCUGACUGAUAUGUCUUCAGAUUUUCAGUUUCACUUCUUGAAAAGUGGUGGCUUACCCCUUGUACUGAGUAUGCUAAUAAGAAAUAACUUCUUACCAAAUACAGAUACAGAAACUCGUAGGGGUGCUUACUUCAAUGCCCUUAAAAUUGCAAAACUAUUACUAACUGCCAUUGGCUAUGGCCAUGUUCGAGCUGUAGCAGAAGCUUGUCAGCCAGUUGUAGAUGGUGCAGAACCUAUAACACUGAUUAACCAAGUUACUCAUGAUCAAGCUGUGGUACUACAAGGUGCCCUUCAGAGUAUUCCCAAUCCAUCAUCUGAGUGCAUGCUUAGAAAUGUACCCAUACGUCUUGCUCAGCAAAUAUCAGAUGAGGCCUCAAGAUAUAUGCCUGAUACUUGUGUAAUUAGAGGUAUACAAAAAAUUAUCUGGGCAUCAGGAUGUGGAGCAUUAGAGCUAGUAUUUAGCCCGAAUGAAGAAAUAACUAAAAUUUAUGAGAUGAUGACCAGUACAAGCAGUGAGCCAGUCUUGGAAGAUGAACAGGUUUGCUGUGAAGCAUUGGAAGUGAUGACAUUGUGUUUUGCUUUAAUUCCAACAGCCUUGGAUGCACUUAGUAAAGAAAAGGCCUGGCAGACAUUCAUCACUGACUUAUUAUUACACUGUCCUAGCAAAACUGUCCGUCAGUUGGCACAGGAGCAGUUCUUUUUAAUGUGUACCAGAUGUUGCAUGGGACAAAGACCUCUACUUUUCUUCAUUACCCUACUCUUUACCAUUUUGGGGAGUACAGCAAGAGAGAGAGGUAAAUACUCAGGUGAUUAUUUCACACUUCUACGGCAUCUUCUCAGUUAUGCUUACAACAGCAAUAUUAAUGUGCCCAAUGCUGAAAUUCUUCUCAACAAUGAAAUUGAUUGGCUCAAAAGGAUUAGAGAUAAUGUUAAAAACACAGGUGAAACGGGCAUUGAAGAACCUAUUUUGGAAGGCCAUCUUGGAGUAACAAAAGAAUUACUAGCCUUUCAAACUCCUGAGAGAAAGUAUUAUGUUGGUUGUGAAAAAGGAGGUGCUAAUCUUGUUAAAGAAUUGAUUGAUGAUUUCAUUUUUCCUGCAUCCAAAGCUUAUUUGCAAUAUAUGAGAAAUGGAGAACUACCAGCAGAACAGACUGUUCCAGUGUGUAGUUCACCAUCUACUAUCAAUGCUGGUUUUGAACUCCUUGUAGCAUUAGCUGUUGGUUGUGUAAGAAAUCUCAAACAGAUAGUAGACUGUUUGACUGAAAUGUAUUACAUAGGAACAGCAAUAACCACUUGUGAAGCACUUACUGAGUGGGAAUAUCUGCCGCCUGUUGGACCUCGGCCACCAGAAGGAUUUGUGGGGCUCAAAAAUGCUGGUGCAACUUGUUAUAUGAAUUCUGUGAUUCAGCAGUUAUACAUGAUUCCUUCCAUUAGGAACAGUAUUCUUACUGUUGAAGGCACAGGUAGUGAUAUAGAUGAUGAUAUGCUCGGGGAUGAGAAGCAGGACAUUGAGAUUAAUGUUGAUCCCCGAGAUGAUGUAUUUGGAUAUCCUCAUCAGUUUGAAGACAAACCAGUAUUAAGUAAGACAGAAGAUAGGAAAGAGUAUAAUAUUGGUGUCUUACGACACCUUCAGGUCAUCUUUGGUCAUUUGGCUGCUUCCCAACUACAAUACUAUGUGCCCAGAGGAUUUUGGAAACAAUUCAGGCUUUGGGGGGAACCUGUUAAUCUUCGUGAGCAGCAUGAUGCCUUAGAAUUUUUUAAUUCUUUGGUGGAUAGUUUGGAUGAAGCUUUAAAAGCUUUAGGACAUCCAGCUAUGUUGAGUAAAGUCCUAGGAGGUUCCUUUGCUGAUCAGAAGAUCUGCCAAGGCUGUCCACAUAGGUACGAAUGUGAAGAAUCUUUUACAACUUUGAAUGUUGACAUUAGAAAUCACCAAAAUCUUCUUGAUUCUUUGGAACAGUAUAUCAAAGGAGAUUUAUUGGAAGGUGCAAAUGCAUAUUGUUGUGAAAAAUGUGAUAAAAAGGUUGAUACAGUAAAACGCUUGCUAAUCAAAAAAUUGCCUCCUGUUCUUGCUAUCCAAUUGAAACGAUUUGACUAUGAUUGGGAGAGAGAAUGUGCAAUCAAAUUCAAUGAUUAUUUUGAAUUUCCCCGAGAACUGGAUAUGGAACCUUACACAGUAGCAGGUGUUGCAAAGCUGGAAGGCGAUAACAUAAACUCAGAGAGUCAGUUGAUUGGACAGAAGGAGCAGUCAGAAAGUGAGAAUACAAGAAACACAAAAUACAGACUUGUAGGUGUGCUUGUACACAGUGGUCAAGCAAGCGGUGGACAUUAUUAUUCUUACAUCAUUCAAAGGAAUGGUAAAGAUGGUGAGAGAGAUCACUGGUAUAAAUUUGAUGAUGGAGAUGUAACAGAAUGUAAAAUGGAUGAUGAUGAAGAAAUGAAGAAUCAAUGCUUUGGUGGAGAAUACAUGGGAGAAGUAUUUGAUCAUAUGAUGAAGUGUAUGUCAUACAGACGGCAGAAACGGUGGUGGAAUGCUUAUAUACUUUUUUAUGAGCGAAUGGACACAGUUGAUGAAGAUGAUAAGAUGAUAAGAUACAUUUCAGAGUUAUCUGUCACUAGAUCCCAUCAGAUUAUUAUGUCACCAGCCAUUGAGAAAAGCGUAUGGAAACAAAAUGUGCAGUUUAUGCAUAAUCAAAUGCAGUAUAGUUUAGAAUAUUUUCAGUUUGUGAAAAAAUUGCUUACAUGUAAUGCUCUUUACUUAAAUCCUGCUCCAGGACAAGAUUACUUGUUACCUGAAGCAGAAGAAAUAACUAUGAUUAGCAUUCAACUUGCUGCUAGAUUCCUCUUUACCACUGGAUUUCAUACCAAGAUAAUAGUUCGUGGCCCUGCCAGUGACUGGUAUGAUGCUUUGUGCAUUCUUCUUCGUCACAGCAAGAAUGUUCGUUUUUGGUUUGCUCAUAAUGUUCUUUUUAAUGUAUCAAAUCGUUUCUCUGAAUACCUUCUGGAGUGCCCUAGUGCAGAAGUGAGGGGUGUGUUUGCAAAACUUAUAGUAUUUAUUGCACAUUUUUCCUUGCAAGAUGGUUCUUCUCCUUCACCUUUUGCAUCGCCAGGGACACGUUGUAGUCAGAAAUCUGAUAACUUGAGCUUGAGUGACCACUUACUAAAAGCAGUAUUAAAUCUCCUGAGAAGGGAAGUUUCAGAACAUGGACGUCAUUUACAACAAUAUUUCAAUUUGUUUGUAAUGUAUGCCAAUUUAGGUAUUGCGGAAAAGACACAGCUUCUGAAAUUGAACGUACCUGCCACCUUUAUGCUUGUAUCUUUAGAUGAAGGACCAGGUCCUCCAAUCAAAUAUCAAUAUGCUGAAUUAGGCAAAUUAUACUCAGUAGUGUCUCAGCUGAUACGCUGUUGCAGUGUUUCAUCAAGAACCCAGUCUUCAAUCAAUGGUAAUCCCCCCCUUCCCAACCCUUUUGGUGAUGCUAAUUUAUCACAACCUAUAAUGCCAAUUCAGCAGAAUGUGGCAGAUAUUUUAUUUGUGAGAAUAAGUUAUGUGAAGAAAAUUAUUGAAGACUGCAGUAACUCAGAGGAGACCAUUAAGUUACUUCGGUUCUGCUCCUGGGAGAAUCCUCAGUUCUCAUCUGCUGUUCUCAGUGAACUUCUCUGGCAGGUUGCCUAUUCAUAUACUUAUGAACUUCGGCCAUAUUUGGAUCUACUUUUGCAAAUUUUACUGAUUGAGGAUUCCUGGCAGACUCACAGAAUUCACAAUGCACUUAAAGGAAUUCCAAAUGACCGUGAUGGGCUGUUUGAUACAAUCCAGCACUCUAAGAAUCACUAUCAAAAAAGAGCAUAUCAGUGUAUAAAGUGUAUGGUAGCUCUCUUUAACAGUUGUCCUGUUGCUUACCAAAUUUUACAGGGUAAUGGAGACCUUAAGAGAAAGUGGACCUGGGCAGUGGAGUGGCUUGGAGAUGAACUUGAAAGAAGACCAUAUACUGGCAAUCCUCAGUACACUUACAACAAUUGGUCUCCACCAGUACAAAGCAAUGAGACCUCAAAUGGUUAUUUUUUAGAAAGGUCACAUAGUGCUAGAGUGACACUUAGAAAAUCUUGUGAACUUUGUCCAGAAGAGGAACCAGAUGACCAAGAUGCCCCAGAUGAGCAUGAGUCAUCUCCACCAGAAGAUGCAGCACUGUAUCCUCAUUCACCUGGAUCUCAGUAUCAACAGAAUAAUGUACAUGGACAGCCGUAUACAGGUCCAGCUGCACAUCACUUGAACAACCCUCAUAAAAGUGGCCGAGUACAAGAAAAUUAUGAAGGCGGUGAAGAAGUAUCGUCACCUCAAACAAAGGAUCAGUGAAAUGCACCAGUUUACUGACUCCUUUAAUAUCAUGUAGUCUGGACUUACAGUCCAAAUUUUUCUGUGCCUCAUUAAAUAUUUAAAAGUAGAAAAACUGUUCUAAAAUAACAUGACAAAAAGAUUCUAUUUGCUAUCUCAUUUGUAGAAAUUUGCUGACAGAUGUAAGCACCUACAAACAGAACAUUCGGAAUGUUUUAUAAUAAAUGAUUGCUGAUAUGUAAAUGGAAAAGAUGUAUAUAGUAUAUGUAUGUUUGACUUUUAGUUCUAAAGCAAAACACUUUUUUGAUGAAGAGUCAGAAAUAUUGAAAAACAUUAUAGUUCAUUUUCUUGUUUAUCUGCUGCAUUCUGCAACCAGUAUUUCCUACUUCCUGGCAGUUAAAUCAGUUCCUUUAUGAAACAAAAGUGGUAGGGGGUAGUAAAAGAGCCUGUUUAUAUAAUUUCCUGAUAAUUCUUUAUUUACUGGAAUAUAACACUAGUAGGUGCCCUUCCGGUUGAGAUGAAAAACUGGUGAUGUAACAUUGUUUCCAAAAAUUUUACACCACCUUUUUAAUCUGGUAUUAGGUUAAUUAUUUUAAAGCUAUAGUUAUACUGUAACUGUUAGCUUGGCUUCAUACCAGGUUGCAUUGCCAAUAGAGACAAAAUUUCUUGAAUGAGAUCAUUUGUCCCAAAAUCACAUCUAUAUUGCUUAAACAUUUUAUUUCUUAUCCUUAGAAUAAACAUAAAACAGAAAAAAAGGGUACAAUAAAGCAGUUUUUAGUUGCACAAUGAAUGUUCUUCACAUUUAAUAUUUGGUAGUUCCAUUUCUUGAUGGGAUAAAGAAUAUCUAAUAGGAACUGUAAAAUUGAAAAUAUAUGCCAAUUUUUUCAUGCUGGAAUAUGUGGAACAUAAUAGGAGAGACUGUAUUUUAUAUAUCUUAUUUUGUUUUUUGGUAGAAUUUCUUAGGUUUUGCUUCUGCUGGAUCCCAGCUAACGAACUGUGUACAUCAUCAGAAUUCACAUUACUAUUCAGUACUAUCAUAACCAAGAUGCCUGGCUGAUUUUUAGUCAGUCUCAAUUUUACUUCAAAGUAAAAUGGUUCUAGUUCUUUUUCCAUUCCAAAUUAUUGUUAGAUAUGGGGUUUGAUUAAGACGCAAACUUAAGAGGUACCAUUUUAGAAUAAACUUUUGUUUAGAAGUUCCAACAAAUUCUUAUUGUCAUAUUUAAAGGAGAAUUGCUAGCUUUUGAAUGUAUGUAAUAUUUUGGAAGCUGUCUAAAACCCAAAUAUUCCUGCAGCAGAUACAGGCCAUCCUUUUCUGUUUAAAUAUUUUGCUGUUUUGUUUUAUAGAAUUUAUUUUGCUGAAUUUCCAAAUAGAAUUUAAGAAGAA